ACCUAAAAAUGACUAUAUAAUGAAUGCGGGUGUUUUCUUGAUUAAAAAUUCAGAAUGGAGUCGAAAAUUUUUAGGAGAAACUCAGAGGCAAACAAAAUAUUAUCAACAUGGGUUGUUAGAACAACAUGCAAUGUAUAUUUUGAUGCAAAAAGAGGAGUAUCAAAACGGAACACUUUACCUUGAAGAUGAUGACCGUACUUUCAAUACAUAUCCACACAGAUAUAUUCCCGGGGAUUUUGUAGUUCACUGGGCUCCAGAUUAUGAAUGUCCAGCAGAAAAUGUUUUAGAUGGUAUUAAAAAGUUUAAACAGUAUGAAGAUAAUAGAGAAUUUAAAUUCACUCUUAAAUAUUUUCCUGUCCCUCCGUUUUUGGAAUAA